AUGUCUGAGCGCUAUGGUCCCAAGGCAGAUGGCGGUAUGGCCUCCUCCACCAAAACGCCCGCCACUGCCGGUGUGGGCGAUGACGCGCCCAAAGCACUUGACGCUGAUGGAUCUAUCGGCAAGCAAUUCACAGAGCAAGGUGCCAUUGGCGGCAUGGCGCAGAAGAUUGGGGGGCCAUUAGACAAGGAUGGUGUCAUUGGCAAACAGUUUACGACCGAGGGAAGCAUUGGGGGCACUGUUCAGGAUAAUCUCGGGGGUGUCAACAAAAAGAGCAACUAG